UUGUGAGAUUCAUUCCAUCAUUUCUCAGUGUAAGACAAUGAAGAUGAGACUAAUAUGCCUCCUGUCUCUCAUUAUCAUUCACCUGCUGCUCCCAACCAAGAUAGAAUGUGAGAUUUUGGACAUGAUGGCCGACACGUUUGAUGAUCAAUAUAUCGGCUGUGAAGGGAACAUGGAGAAGGAUGCCCCAAGUAUUCUCCAGAAGGAAAAAAAUAUAUAUAAAAAAUUUCAAACUGGGUGGGAUUAUGCAGAGGACGCCUGGAGGACAAUAAAACCUAAAAUAAACAACAAACUACCGACUGGAUUUAAGGAUGAAUAUGGGACAGCGGUUGUAUUGUAUACCAUGGAAAGGCCCUAUAAAAUUUAUCACGAGUUAAACAACAACGUGAGCAUAGCUGGACAGUCUACAGAGUAUUACAUGAAAAAAUUCCAUUUCAAAGCCUUUCAUUUCUAUCUGACCAGAGCCUUGCAGCUCCUGGGACGAGGCUGUAUUAAUACCACUUACCGGGGAAGCCUAAUUUCUUACAGUGUAUCUCAAUAUAUGAGAUUUGGACGAUUCGCUUCCUCAUCUCUGAACAAAGAUACAGCUGAAAAGUUUGGAACUGGUACAUUUUUCACUAUAACUACCUGCUUAGGUGUGGAUAUUCAAGAUUUGUCUCACUUUAAAGAGCAAGAAAUAUUAAUUCCAGUCUAUGAGAAGUUUGAAAAGAAAAAACAAAAUGAGAAUUGUGUGACUAUAAAAAGUACCGGUGAGAAGUGCAGUUAUUUCAACUGUGCUUACCUUGGAUACACCAAAAGAACUGAACCAUUCUGCAACUCUGGCACCAAAAGCACUGAUCCAGUCUGCAGCACGGCUCAUGGAGGAGGUCUCUCCGGCUUCUGGAUUUGGAUGAUCUUCACCAGACUCACUCUCGUCCAUCGCUGGGUUUAUCACAACACAAACCACCUAAUUAUUUACAUUAAUCAACCAAAUUAUCUACUUAAUCAACUAAAUAAUUUACAUAAAUUGCCAUAAAAUCUACGUAAUCCACAAAAUAUUAACCCAUCUGACUUCCAAAUGUUCUGAGUAAA